AUGGCUGAAGCGCUUGUCUCCACAAUCCUGGGUCAAUUGGCUUCACUAGCCGCUGAAGAGAUGAAACUUCUUGCUUGUGCUGAUAAAGCUGUGGGAAAGCUCACCAGCAAUUUCCAGGCCAUUCAAGCUGUGCUUGAAGAUGCGGAGAGCAGACAAAUAAAGGAGAAGAGUGUGGGAGACUGGUUCGAGAAGCUCAAAGACGUUUCAUAUGACAUCGAGGAUGCAUUGGAUGAGUGGAUCACGGUGAGCAAAAAAUCACAAAUGAAGGAAGCUGAAAAUGCUUCCAAGCUUUGGAAAAAGGUAUGUUCCUGCAUCUCGUCUGAUUGCUUUUGUUGCAAGAAAGUUUUCCUACGUCAUGAAAUUGCUACCAAGAUAAAAGAUCUAAAUGAAAGACUUGAUGUUAUUGCCAUGGAAAGGAUUGCUUUCAAUUUUAGCUUGAGUAGGGGCACUGGACAACCAGUGCACGAAAUAACUACCUCUCUUAUUAAUUUACCAGAGAUCUAUGGAAGAGAUCAUGAUAGAGAUAGAUUAAAAGACUACUUGUUAGCUGAGAGUAGUCAAGAAUCAACCGUCUCUACCAUUUCUAUAGUAGGGAUGGGAGGGAUUGGAAAAACAACUUUAGCUCAAUUAGUUUUUAAUAAUGAUGAGGUCAACACCCAUUUUCACAAGAAAAUUUGGGUGUGUGUCUCUGAUCCUUUCGAUGAGAUUAGGAUUGCCAAAGCAAUUCUUGAAUCUCUUUUAGGUGAAAAAAAAGAUAAAGAUGAACUAGAAAAUGUGUUACAAGACUUACGUCAGUCUAUUAAGGACAAGAAAAUUCUUCUUGUUUUAGAUGAUGUGUGGAUUGACAAUUCUACAAAAUGGGAAAAAGUGAAGAAUGCUCUUCAUUUUGCUUCUCAAGGGAGUAGAAUUUUGGUAACCACACGUAAAGAGAGUACUGCAAUAAUAAUGGGAAGCACCAAAACUAUCCAAAUAGGAAGAUUAGGUGAUGACGAAUCUUGGUCAUUAUUUAGUCAAGUUGCAUUUUUUGGAAAAACAAAGAAAGAGGUUGAAAAUUUAAAAGAGAUCGGUGGAAAGAUUGUAGAAAAGUGCGAUGGCUUGCCUCUUGCUAUAAAAACUUUAGGAAGUCUCUUGAGACUAAAAACACAGGCUAAACAAUGGCAAAGUGUCAUAGAUAGUGAUUUAUGGAAACUAGAAGAGAUAGAAAAAGAGCUCUUCCCCCCAAUCCUCUUGAGCUAUUAUGAUUUGUCUUCUAAACUUAGAAAAUGCUUCACAUAUUGUGCCGUAUUUCCAAAGGACUAUGUGAUAGGAAAAGAUAUAUUGAUCAGGUUAUGGAUGGCUCAAGGUUUUCUUAAUGUAGAAGGAAACAAAGAAAUGGAAUUAGUUGGUGAAGAAUAUUUUGAAAACUUAGUAAUGCGUUCUUUGUUUCAAGAUUUUGAAAGGAGUGAAUAUGAUGGUAGUAUUGUAAGAUGCAAGAUGCAUGAUAUCGUGCAUGACUUUGUUCAAUUUGUUUCAAAGAAUGAAUGUUUUGCAAGAGAAGUUGAGAGUGAUGCAAUUCCUCAAUUAAAGAUUUCUUCUGAAAGUGUUCGACACUUAUACAUAAGAAGUAGUGAUUCUCUUAGAGUUCCUGCCUCUAUUCUUAAGCUAAAAAAACUGCGUAGCUUUGUAGUUGAGAAUGUAGGCCCUAAAGAAGAAGGCAUAUCCGGACAUUUUGAGCAAUUUACAUGUCUAAGGACAUUAAAUUUGAGUCACUAUGAUUAUAAAAUUCCAAAAGGAAUAAAAUAUUUAGAGCAUUUGAGGUACCUUAAGUUGAAUUGGAAUGAUGAUAUAGAAACAUUGCCUGAGGUAUUGUGUGAUUUAUAUAAUCUACAAACCUUGGAUGUCACUAAUUGUAAAAAAAUUAGAAAGCUACCCCAAGGGAUAGGAAAGUUAGUUAAUUUGAGGCAUCUAUUAAUUGGUGGGACAGGGAGAUUAAGGUACAUUCCAAAAGGAGUAGAGAGAUUGAGUUGUCUAAAGACAUUAAAUAAAUUCGUUAUUAAUGGUGAUUAUGAUUAUGGUAACAAAGCAUGCAAUAGUCUUGAUUCUUUGAAAAACCUAAGACUGGGCCCAUCUUUAGAGUUAGAGUUGGUAAAUGUGAGGGAUAGUAAUGCACUUAAACUUGCAGAUUUUCAGAGUACCAAAAAUCUCCUUCAUUUGACUUUAUCAUUUUAUGUUCAGUGUGAUGAGAGAAGCAGAAAUAAGAAGAAUGUAAUGAUUAUUGAAGCAUUACAACCACCUCCAAAUUUAGAGAAAUUACGGAUAAAAUACUUUGGAGGCAAAUCCAUGUCUUUUGAUUGGAUGAUAUCAUUAAUCAAGUUGAAGGAGUUAGAGCUUUUUUAUUGCUUCAACUGUGAGCAUUUACCUCUUUUGGGAAAACUACCAUCCCUUGAAUCACUAAAGAUAGAGCUAAUGAGAAGUAUAAAAAGAGUGGGUAAUGAAUUUUUGGGAAUAGAAAAUGAUGCCACAUCAUCAAUUGUUGCCUUUCCCAAAUUGAAAUUCCUCCUUGUCCGUGAUCUUUCAUUUUGGGAAGAGUGGAAUGAUGACAAAUAUAUUACAAUCAUGCCAUGUCUUCAUUCUUUGUCAAUUAAACGGUGUCCUAAAUUAAAGGCACUGCCAGAUCAAAUUCUUCAAACACCAACACUGCAGCAAUUAGAGAUUGUUUAUUGCUCUUUUCUGGAAGAACGUUACAAGGAGACAGGACAUGAUAGGAGCAAGAUCUCUCACAUUCCAAAAGUCUCUAUUAGUCAUUGGUAG